CGGUCUGUGGUCUGACUCUUCCUUUUGGGCGUUGCAAACAUUUUGACAAAAUACACGUCAAUUUCCUUCCAUUGAGUUUCAAAAACGAUGAGAUUUAAACAUACACGCAAGGAAGAUGCUAUGCUAUACUAUGAUUUUUACAAACGCAUUAUUUAAAAUUGACAUACAUAUAACAAACAUAUACAAAAAAAAAAUUUAAUGAAAAAAUAAAUAUUGUCGAGAAUAAUACAAGGAAGUGCAUUACUUCAAAUAUUACCAUCCGCUGAAACCAACUCGUUUUCACUUUUUUUCGUGCAAUGCGAUGUCUUUGAAAGAACUCACAGAUAGUAAAACAUUGAAUGAAUGAAUGCAAUAUGUAGCCCGCAGAUUUUUGCUUCAAUAAUCUGAUCAUGAGUCGUAAAAAUUUUUUUUUGCUGUUUCAAGAGCAUGUGGACUAAGUUCAUCCCGCCUGUCGAUUCGUAGACUUUCAAAACUUCUGGCAUUCAUCUAAAAGCUUGAUACAUAGACCUUCGUUAUCGCUUCCAUUUUGCAAAUUUUGUCAUCUGGGCUUUUGUAUUAAAUGCGCAUUCCGAUUUUAUAAGAAUGAUAGACAAGCUGUGCAGCGGAGAACACAUUUCCAUUUUCUCGGGUUUUUUUGUUUAUCCGGCAAUUAAUCAGAAUUUCUCAUUGGUUGUGUCAUCAAGAUGUUAACACACGAUCCGUUCGUCAUUUCUUCACGCUUGCAUUCUCGCGCCGGCUAACCAGAGAAACUAAAUCGCUGCCUUAUCGCGAUUUUUACUAAACUCAAGUUUCAUCGACGAUUUGCACAUUGCCAAAGAAAUCAUCCAAUGAACUUGCGUCGUAUUCGUCAUUUGUUGCAUAGAUCACUAUCUAUUCUUUUCUUCUCUUUGCCGUCAGAUAGACGCCGGGACAUCCACUGUACCCAUUUUUUGAUUUAAGGUAAACCCUCACUAAGAAGCCCCUCCGUUACACUGUUCAAACUUUUUUCGCUUGAAGCAUUGCACAGGCGUUCUUCAUUCAGUCUAUAUUACCAUAUACCUCACAUGAUUCCUAUAGCGGUGAACAAAGAAAAAAAUGGCCCAAGACUCUUCCAAAUACUGUUUUCAGAUGAAAGCAUGCACUUGGAAAGUCGUAUAAAGAUAUGUUGAUUAUCUUGUUGCGUUGAUGUUCUCUAGUCUUUUGCGGUUAUUUUUCUGCAAGUGUAUGGAUCAGCUAUUAUUCGUGAUCUGUGAUCUUUGCAAAAAUUAAUAUCUGAAACCUAAAACGAAACAAACAAAAACACGCUAUAAUGAGUCAUUUUCCUUCAUUAAAUACCCUACACUACCCUAUAGUUCUCGGUAUACCGGCUAUUCGAAGUAAGGCGAUCGAAAAAGUGAUCCGAUCUGCAUUAUUUUCAAUUGCGUUCAUCCUUCACUCAAGGGACGCCAGUGUACUAAAUUUCAUCAAAUUAUGUUGAAAAGAUGAGCUGUAAGACGAGCACAACAAUACCGAACGGAUAGACGGACAGACAAGCUUAAAUCGACUCACAAGGCAAUGCUGACUUGAUUGGCGUAAUAAAAUGGUCAAAUCUUCCUCGGCGUUACAUACAUCCGCACAAACUUAAUGUACCCUUGCAUGACAAGUGCUGUAGACUAUAAACAUGGCCAUUGCUUUUUCUCUGAUAACAUUGUAUAGGCAAAAGAUAUCGUAACCUUAAAAGUAUAUCGGAUAUAGAGUAAAAGUAUCGGAUAUAGAUGAGAAAACUUCAUAGUUGUCGCCAAAGUGUUCCUCGCUAUGCGCUGCCACACGCUAUCGAUCGAACCGAUUCGAUUUGAAUCGAUUGCGAUAUAUAUAGGUAUUACGGGAAUCGAACAAAAUUCCAAAACAAGGAUUUCGAUAUAUUUCGAACUUAUGCAUAGACGCAAUAAUUUGUUCCAACCUAUCGCGAAUACACAUGAAUAGCUUUUAAUAUGAAAUUCUAUGGGGGUACGAUGACGGAAAGUGAUGUGAAUGAAUAAAAAAGGAAACAAGUCGAUUCAGAGCUUUUUUUUUUAUUUAAAUUAAAAGAACGCAUUCUCAGCAUAACCUCAUGCUAUGCAAAAGUCACCUUUACUUCUGUCUGGCUAUAGAUGUUUGAACAGCUAGCUAUUGAGUUAGUAGUGAGUUUAGUUUUUACGUAAUAUAUAAUGAAUUAAAGAAGUGAUUAUCUUAUCUUGUACUUAUCUGGCAGUGUACUUUUUCUUUUCAACAUCAUGUAUAAUCCUUCAUGCUACGCUUUAUUACGGAUUGGUAGGAUUAGCAUGUAUAGGAUGUGCAGCACUAAUUACGCAAAUUACAGUUUUAUCUCUCUCUUCAAGAUAAUUAUUUAAAAGCAAUUUUAUUUUAAUUAAACGUUUCGUGUGUGAAAACGAAAAAAAAGAAGAGUGUGCUUAAAUACUAAAAAAAAGGAAAAAAAAAAGUGCAAAGAAUAAAGCAAAGAAAAGAAAAAACACCAACAGAAUAAACAUAUAUGAGAGACAAUGUUUUCGUGUUGUCGCGUUAAUCCUAAAAGUACAAAAGUCACAAAAAAAUUGAAAAAAGCUGAAGAUAAUGCAAAAGCGAACGCGGAAAAUGAAACGAAACAACAACAACAAGGCGAUUUAUCAACUAACAAAGAUAAGAAAAAACUAAUAAUUCCCACGAUUACUAUUGAAAAUGGCAAAGCACUUGAUAAUAACGCGCCAGCGAUGGCUACAUCGAACGAUGCCGAGAUUUUUGCCAAUAACGAACUAAACGGUAAUAUAAAACAGUGUAUUGAUGAAACAGAGAAAAGGGAAGAGGAAUUAUUAGCAGAAACGGAAACGGAAACGGAAACUGAAACGGUUACGGUGCAACCGUCAACAAUUGUCGCAAAAGUCGAAGAGCAGCCAACAAAAACGGAAGAGAAAACAAACGCAAAUGUCAUAAAUGCAAUUGAAUCGAAUGCGAUACAAAAUGCUUUCACUACAUCGGAACAACAACCACAACAACAGCAAGAACAAGAACAAUCAGAACGGCCGCAGCAACUAGAUUCAAUAACCUCAACUAGUAACAAUAAUAAUAAUAACAGCAAAGAUGAGACGAUCCGAACGACUACAUCGAAUACUAUUUCUAGAGAUAGUGUCAGUGAUUCUAAUACUCUAAUUAGUCAAGUUAAUGCAACAACAACAACAACAACGACAGCAACGGAAAGCUCAGAUUCGACAAAUUCCUCUACUGAAGAAGAAGGUGUUAAUAAUAAUUCCGAUAGUUUAAAUAAAACGGAUAACAUUGAUGAGAAAACGGAGAAUAAACCAAAAAGUUGCCUUUCACGGCACAACUCGGGUCAUAUAUCGAUAAAGAAACGCGUUAAUAUAAGUACGCAUGCUGAAAUAAUAGAACCGGAUCCCUUGAUGCCCAUAUUAUUGCACUCGGCAUCUUUAGGCGAUGACGAAGAUGAUGUAUUUUCGGAUUCGAUGCCACCACCCAAGCGGGAUAGUAUGUGUGCUCCGUAUAUCGAACGUUUGGCCGAUGAUGAUGAUCUAAUUGCGGAAUCCCUGGCCUAUUGCCAUGGCUUACCCGAAUGGUUCAAUAAUGAAAGGAUUAACGAUGUUGGCUGUUUAGAACCACCUGUUACACCAGUUGGUCGCGAUGAGCUUGAAUUGAAACGUCAGCGUCUAUAUGAGGAUUUAUUACGUGCAGCUCAUGCAGCUGUUGAGCAUAGUGCUCGUUUCUCAACAUUCGCUUAUAAUGGUUCAUCCGCUGCCCCACCGCCGCCGCCUAGUAAACGUGCGGGAGAUUGCGAUCCUGAUUUAAAAUCAUCAGUGGCUGAAAAUCUUGAGAAUCUCGUUAAUCGCCUUGAAAAGUUAGUAGAACGCUUGGAACGAUCUAUUUGCGCACGAGAAUUGGAAAUAGCUAAUCGUACUUUCGAUUCGGUUUUGGAAAAGAAACGUGAAAGUUUUGAUUUGGAAUCGACCGAACUGCCGCCAGUGCCAGUAGAAAAUUUCUCCAUAACUGAGCAAACGCAAAGUUUAAAUCAACGCAUUGAACGUAUAGAAGAAUCGCUGACGAAAAUUAACGAACGUCACAGUUUAAGUAGUCAAAGCGCUAGCCUAAGUUUAACUAAUAAUCAAAGCAAUCAACCUGCCAAUCAACAAAAAGAGGAGGGUAGUCUCGAGAAUAUACCAACAGUUUUAGAGGAGUAUCAAUCGGACUCAUCUUUGCCUCCGCCACCGCCACCCCUACCAUCAGUGCAAGAAUUAGAAAGUAUGAGCGUUGUGGGCUAUCAAGAUAUUGUCAAUGGACCUUUGAGUCAGUAUUUGGCUCUCUCUUAUAAAAUUGGAGGCGACGUGGCCAAGCAAGCCGAGUUUGUGAAAUUGGCCUUCGAAGCUCAGCUGCAAUAUGUAAAUUUAGCUACUCAGUGCUCCCAGCCUGGUCAAGAUAAGCAAAUGGCAUUGCUUAAGCCUACUUCCGAUCAAAUUACCGCGAUACAGGAUUUUCGUGAGAAAAAUCGUGCUUCGCCUUUUUUCAAUCAUUUAUCAGCUAUAAGCGAGAGUAUACCCGCUCUGGGCUGGGUAUGUGUGUCUCCUACUCCGGGACCUCACGUUAAGGAAAUGAACGAUGCAGGUCAAUUUUACACAAAUCGUGUGUUAAAAGAAUGGAAAGAAAAGGACGUCACGCAUGUGGAAUGGGCUCGGGCUUGGGUGCAAACUCUAACGGAAUUGCAGCAGUAUAUCAAGCAAUUUCAUACCACAGGAUUAGUAUGGUCUGGCAAGGGCACUGCUGUCGCCCCUCCCCCACCACCUAUGGGUGCAUGUCCUCCACCGCCUCCCCCACCCACUUUUGACUUGUCUUCCAUGAGCUUGGACGGCUCUAAAGAUGAGCGUAGUGCUCUGUUUGCCGAAAUCAAUCAAGGCGAAGCCAUCACCAAGAAUCUGAAGAAAGUUACUGCCGAUAUGCAAACACAUAAAAAUCCAACGUUACGCACUGGGCCUGCACCCUUUAAACCAACGCAAUUUGGUUCCGUAAGUGCAGCUGGCCCUGCGGCCGCCUCAAUGGUGAAAGAUCCCAUUUUUACUAGAGACGGCAAAAAGUGGUUGAUUGAAUAUCAGAAAAAUAAUCCCAAUUUAUUGGUAGAGAAUGCGGAGAUGAAUAAUGUUGUGUACGUGUUCAAAAGCGAAGGUUCUACUUUAACCGUUAAAGGAAAAGUUAAUAACAUUGUUAUGGAUUCGUGCAAAAAAUGCUCCUUAUUGUUUGAUUCAGUAGUUGCCUCCGUUGAAUUUGUUAACUGUCAAAGUGUACAAAUGCAGGUAUUAGGUCACGUGCCCACCAUUUCUAUAGACAAGACUGAUGGUUGUCAGAUGUACUUGUCUAAGCAUUCUUUGGGUGUGGAAGUUGUUAGCUCGAAAUCUUCAGAAAUGAAUAUAAUGUUGCCUGAGGACAGCGGUGACUAUACUGAAUUGCCUUUACCGGAACAAUUUAAGACAACCAUUUCUGGCAAAACGUUGAAGACUGUAUGUGUUGAUAGUCUGGGCUAAAUGUUUGCUUGGAAGUUUCGGUCGCUGCUGCCGCAGAUGCUGGUCUUUCUCACUAAACCCUACAAAUAUCAUAUCUUCUGAAAAUCGUACAUAAUAUAUAAUAAUUACAAAAACAAUACUAACCAAUGCCAAUCAAAAACUUUAUAUAAUCAUAACAGUAUAUAAUUGAAAUUUUUUGAUAACUAAUUCUCUAAUAAAAAAAAAAAUGAAAACAUUUAACCCAAUGAUAUAGCAAGAGAGAAAGUGACGAAAUAUAUUGACUUUAUAUUUAAAUUUUAAUAAU